GGGGUGGGUGAGUGGGGGCGACAUCAGGAAGGGCUCUGCCAACCCCGUGUGCGCGCCUGGCCGGUCGCUGCAGGCGGGCAGCUACCUGGUACCUGAGCUGCGAGCACGCGCGGAGUGCCGUGGACAGACGUUUUCACAGAUCUCCCGAUGGUCCGGUCACUCUCAUCUCCGUGACAAGGGUGGGGACGCUGAGGCUCGGAGAUGUUUGUUCACUCGCCUAGGGUCACGGAGUCCUUCCCGCUAAGUGGCCUUUCGCUCGCAGCUCCUGCGCAGCCGUGGUUGUGUCACCUCCAAGGACUUCCAGCAACUCUUGGAGGAGCCUUGGCUACACUUUGGUCUUCACGUGUCCAAUGGCGUUGGAGGUGGGGGACCCUGGUUUGUAACCGCCUUUGCCCGCCGGCUCAGCUUGAGCAGGAGGUCGGGCGCCGCCGCAGGCUGGGACAGGAGUCAGCUGCCAGGAAAGCCCUCAUUGCCAGCGCCUAUCACCCAGCGAGGCCUGAGGUCUACAGCUCACUGCAGGAUGCUGCUCUGGCCCCUGAAUUUGUGACUGCGGCUGAAUACAGUGCGUCCCCAGGCGCAGAUCUUGAGGGCCUUCUCCAGCUCCUGGAGACAGUGUCAGAGGAGAAGCGUAUUUAUCGGGUGCCAGUGUUCUCGGCCGAGUUCUGCCAGACCCUACUGGAGGAGCUGGAGCAUUUCGAGCGGUCAGACAUGCCCAAGGGAAGGCCCAACACCAUGAACCGCCACGGGGUACUGAUGCAUGAGCUCGGCCUAGACGACCCACUGGUGACCCCCCUGCGGGAGCGCUUCCUGCUGCCACUGAUGGCCCUGCUGUACCCAGACUGCGGUGGGGGCCUCCUUGAUAGCCACCGUGCCUUUGUGGUCAAGUACGCACUGGGCCAGGACCUGGAGCUGGGCUGCCACUAUGAUAAUGCUGAGCUCACUCUCAAUGUGGCUCUGGGCAAGGACUUCACGGGGGGCGCCCUGUACUUUGGGGGCCUCUUCCAGGCACCGGCAGCCCUGAAGGAGACCCUGGAAGUGGAUCACGUGGUGGGCCAUGGGCUCCUGCACCGCGGUGGCCAGCUGCAUGGGGCUCGGCCCCUGUGUACGGGAGAGCGCUGGAACCUUGUCGUGUGGCUCCGGGCAUCUGCGGUUCGAAAUCGCCUCUGUCCCAUGUGCUGCCAGAAGCCGGAGCUGGUGGACGAGGAGGGUUUCGGUGACGGCUUCACCCGGGAGGAGCCUGCCACGGUGGAUGUAUGUGUGUUGACUUGAGCCUGUUUCCUCCGGAGGUGUUGGUGCUGUGACAGCAGAAAACUUGCCAUCGUGGGCAGGGAGGGCAGAAAUAAACUCUGCAACCAUGCCACUCCUUGGGUCAAAAGGA